UUUUUUAGAGAGGCAGAAGUCUGCGGGUCCGGUGGUUCGGGGCCGGGGCCCGGGGCUGGAAGCUCCCGGCCAUGGAGUCUUCCCGGCUACCCGUAAGGAGCCCCGCGCCCAGGCUAGUCUUUCUCUUUGCCACCCUCAGUCUCACCUGCGCCGCGACGGGUCUACUGUGCGCGGCGAUCAUGUCGGACCACUGGGAGGAGCUCUACUGGGACAAGGAGGCCCUGAAACGUAGCAACAUCAGUCCGAUGUGGUACCUGGACGGCAAGGUCGGGCACCUCGAGGCGGGCUCGAGGCGUGACUCGCCGCUGAUCAACGACCGGCACAAGGCAAUCGCGUCGCCCGACAAGUCCAAAACACGCAACAGCUUCCUCGUGCCCAUGCACGGUGGCAUUUGGACCAUGUGCGCGUCGCUUACGGACGAGGAGAUCAAACUGCUGGCACAGGUGGGCUUUCCGCAGGAGCGCUGUAUCAACUAUCUGUCGCCCGACGAAGCGCACGAGGGGAUGCGCGCUGCUUGGCAGAAUCGUAUGCAAAACCUUAGCAUCUCGUGUUCGCUCGUGUGUCUGAUAAUCCUCGGUAGCGCCGUGAUCGUCGGCUUAUUCGGGCUCUGCAGGCAUCAAAUUUCAGCUGUCCUGGUCACCGGUGUUAUGUACCUUCUGGCUGCGGUGUUCGCCCUGUUCACCCUGACGAUAAUCCAAUGCAAGCGGUCGCAGGAGCGGGCGAGCUCGCACACGCUGCCGGAGGGCGGUCCCGAGGACGGGGUGUUCGGCAGCCCUGUCGAGCGCUCGGCGCUAAAGUGCCGGCGCUUCGUUGCCUCGUGGAGCAUGGACCUCGGCUGGGCGGGUGUCACUCUCUCGGCCCUCGCCAGCGUCGCCUGGAUCCUACUCAGCAAGAUCAUGCGCUUCAGUCCCAUCUCGGCGAUGAUCGCGUAGCAGCGCGAGGCCUUCGAGGUUUGAGCUGAUGCUCGCCAAUGAGCGGUGGCUGAUUUUCUAUUUUUCCUUUUUCCUCGAUAACACGUGAAUUUAUCUUGAAUAAGCUCGAGACUGAUGCUUUUGUUUGAGAUAAUAAUGGGGGGAAUUUUUUUUAUUUCGGUUAAACAAAAAAGCAGCCCCGCGAACCUCGAAGGUAGAUGUAACAGUAAUGUCAAAUAAAAAGAUCAAACAAUUUUAACGGUGCAGUAUAAUUAAGUAUACAGCUACAGCUUUACGUGUUUAGUAUUUGCUGCG